AUGGAUGCAGCUGACUUAUGUCGACCACCAAAGGAUAGUUGCGAUCUUGGCAGAUUCUCCUGUUUUCGUCGCGUUGAUGACGGUCUCGAAAAUCAGCAAGGGCGUAUUGCGGUCGCAGCCCCGCUGGAGAACGGUAAACAGAUGUCGGACUACAACCUCCCACCGACCCAAGCGCGUUUGCAGUUUCUUGCAAAUGAAGACAUACUUCUGCGCGUAAAGAAGAUUUCCUCCAGCGAGGUGCUAACGCUGGUGGUUGACCCCUGCACUAUGGUGGAAGAACUAAAGGCCAAAAUUGAAACAGCAGAGGGCAUGUCGCCGACUUAA